AAUCCGGGCCCGCGGGCUGGGCUGGCGGAGCAUGAGUCUGGAGCGCGAGCUCCGCGAGCUGAGCAAGGCCAAGGCCAAGGCCAGAAGGAGCGGACAGCCGCAGGAGGAAGCCGCCCUCUGCCACCAGCUGGGGGAGCUGCUGGCUGGCCAUGGCCGCUACACGGAGGCGCUGCGGGAACACCAGCAGGAACUCCUGCUGCUGGAGAGCGCGGGCGACCCUCUGGGCUGCGCCUUGGCCCACCGCAAGGUCGGGGAGCGGCUGGCCGAGCUGGAGGACUACGCUGCUGCUUUGCAGCACCAGCACUGCUACCUGGAGCUGGCUGAGUCCCUGUCCAACCACAUCGAGCUGCAGAGGGCCUGGGCCACCAUUGGCCGCACCCACCUGGACGUCUAUGACCACUGCCAGUCCCAGGAGGCCUUGCUGCAGGCACAGGCCGCGUUUGAGAAGAGCCUGGCCAUCGUGGAUGAGAAGCUGGAGGGGACAUUGGCACAGCGGGAGCUUAGUGAGAUGAGAACCCGGCUGUACCUCAACUUGGGGCUCACCUUCGAGAGCCAGCAGCAGGAGGCCCUUUGCAGUGAGUUCUUCAAGAAGAGCAUCUUCCUCGCAGAGCAAAACCACCUCUAUGAGGACCUGUUCCGGGCCCGCUACAACCUGGGUGCCAUGCAUUGGCGCAGGGGACAGCACUCGCAGGCCAUGCGCUGCCUGGAGGGUGCCCGGGAGUGCGCCCGGGUGCUGAGGAAGGGCUGCAUGGAGAGUGACUGCUGCCUGCUUCUCUCCCAGGUGUUGCAGGACUUGGGGGACUUCUUGGCUGCGAAGAGAGCCCUGAAGAAGGCCUACAGACUGGGCUCCCAGAAGCCUUCUCAGAAGGCAGCUGUCCGCCAGGCCCUCAAGCAUGUGCUGGCAGUGGUCCGUCUGCAGCAGCAGCAGGAGGAACCAGAGGGGAGUGAUCCUCAGAGUGCCAUGGGCAUCUGCGAGCAGCUGGGGGACCUAUUCUCAAAGGCGGGCGACUUCCCCAAGGCAGCAGACGCCUACCGGCGGCAGCUGCAUUUGGCGGAACAGCUGAACAGGCCUGGGCCCGAGCUGGCUGUCAUCCACGUGUCCCUGGCCACCACCCUGGGGGACAUGAAGGACCACAGCGGGGCCGUGCACCACUACCAGGAGGAGCUGCGGCUUCGAGCCGGCAACACCCUGGAGGAGGCCCAGACGUGGCUGAACAUCGCUCUGUCCCGGGACGAGGCGGGUGACGCCUACGAACUGCUGGUGCCAUGCUUCCAGGAGGCGCUGAACUGUGCUCGGCAGACCCAGCAACCCCGGCUCCAGAGGCAGAUUCUGCAGCACCUCCAUGCCGUGCAGCUGCGGCUGCGCCCUCAGGAAGCUCCCCACACCGAAGCCAAGCUGCAGGGACUGAGUGAAGAGACUGAGGGGGAGGAGGAGGAGCAGGAUGCAGACCUGGAUGCGGACAGCAGCAGCCCGGAGGCCAGUGAGCUGGAGCUCUCAGAGAGUGAGGAAGAGGACGAGGGCAUGUCUCCACCCAGGCGGCGGCAGCAGGACGAUGAGGAGGAGGAGCUUCGGGCCCCCCGACAAAGGGGAAACAAGUGGAACAGGCGCAAUGACGUGGGGGAGACACUGCUUCACCGGGCCUGCAUUGAGGGCCGCCUGGGCCGCGUCCAGGACCUCGUGAGGCAGGGUCACCCCCUAAACCCUCGGGACUACUGUGGCUGGACACCGUUGCAUGAGGCCUGCAACUAUGGACACCUGGAUAUUGUGCGCUUCUUGCUGGACCAUGGAGCCUUGGUGGACGACCCCGGGGGCCCGGGCUGUGAGGGCAUCACCCCCCUGCACGAUGCACUCACCUGCGGUCACUUCGAAGUGGCUGAGCUGCUCAUCGGGCGGGGGGCGUCGCUCUCUGCACGAACCACGAAGGGCCACCGCCCGCUGGAGACACUGCAGCAGUGGGUGCAGCUCUAUCACCGGGAGCUGGACCGUGACACCCGCGAGAAGGUUGGCGCCAUGGAGCAGCUGCUGCGCGGGGCCUCUGCUGAUGCAGCUCCCCACAGUCCCCCGGCUCCCCAGACUCUGCCUGACAGCUGUCUGUUUGACCCUGAGACCUCUCCUCCCCGGAGCCCCUGCCCAGGACCCCCCCACGCCCCUCAGGGCGCCCCCAGGCCUCGAAGGAGCUGGCAGCAGCUGGAGGGGGGCAGCAGCUCAGAGGGGGAGGACAGCACAAGGCCCCUUCGGCCAGCCCGGAAGCGACAGCGGAACAAGGCCCCAGCGGUCGCUGCCCGCGCGCCCAGCCGCACAGCCGCGUGGACAGCUGGUGGCGGAGUGGGCAGGGCCCCGAGCUGCCAGCGGUCUCUGCGGAGCCCCCGUGAGGGCGCGGCCCUGGCUGCGCUGAUCCCUGAGGAGGAGUGCCUAGCAGGGGACUGGCUGGAGGAGGACGCGCCCAGCAGCCCUGGGGCCAGCAGCGAUGACAGCCCCGUCAGGCCCCGGGCCCGGGCAAGACAGGACAGAGGUGUCCCGGACGCCCCGCGUGGAGAUGGUAGUUCAGCCUCGGGGUCUCCCACCAUCCCGGCCUUACAGCCCUCGGUAGGUGCAGGAGGGGUGGGGCGACUGGGGCCGGGGCUGGGUCCCAGCCUGCCCCCUCCCAUCCGGGUUCGGGUUCGCUUUCAGGACAACCUUUUCCUUAUCCCCGUCCCACACAGUCCCAACGCCCGUUCUGUGGAUUGGCUGGCCAGGCAGGCUGCCCAGCGCUACCACCAGGCGUGUGGGCUGCUGCCGCGGCUCACCUUGAGGAAGGAGGGUGCCCUGCUGGCCCCGCAGGACCCCAUACCUGAUGUGCUGCAAAGCAACGAGGAGGUGUUGGCUGAGGUGACUUCCUGGGACCUGCCUCCCCUGAGUGAACGCUACCGCCGGGCCUGCCAGAGCCUGGAGCAAGGAGAGCACCAGCAGGUGCUUCAGGCCACAGAGCGCCAGGGCUUGGCCCCCACCUUCAGCGCCUGCAGCCUGGCCCUGCGCCAGGCCCAGCUCACCCCCCUCCUGCGGGCACUCAAACUGCAUGCCACACUCCGGGAGCUGCGCCUGGCAGGGAACCGACUCGGGGACACCUGCACUCCCGAGUUGCUGGCCACCCUGGGCACUGUGCCCAGCCUGAUCCUUCUCGACCUGUCAUCCAACCACCUGGGCCCUGAGGGCCUACGUCAGCUCGCCGAUGGCCUUGGGGGCAUGGUGUCCUCACAGAGUCUCGAGGAACUGGACCUGAGCAUGAACCCCCUAGGAGAUGCCUGUGGCCCUGCCCUGGCCUCUGUCCUCCGGGCCUGCCCUGCGCUCAGCACUCUGCGGCUCCAGGCCUGCGGUUUGGGCCCCCACCUCUUCCUGCGCCAUCAGGCAGCCUUGGGAAGCGCCUUCCAAGAUGCCCAGUGCUUGAAGACACUGUCGCUGUCCUACAAUGCCCUGGGCCCUACAGCAAUGGCCCAGUUGCUGCAGAGCCUGCGCACCAGCAGCCUUCUGCACCUGGACCUCGGCAGUGUGCUGGGCAGGCCUCACAACUCGGACCUUAUGGAGCCAGUGGCUGUGUACCUGACAAAGGAAGGCUGUGCCCUGGCACACCUGAGCCUGUCUGCAAACCACCUGGACGAUGAGGCUGUGGGAGCCCUGAGCAGAUGCCUCCCCAAGUGCCUCUCUCUCGUCUCCCUGGACUUGUCUGCCAACCCCAGGAUCAGCCGCACUGGCCUGGAGCAGCUCCUAUCCGUUCUGCAAGAGCGGCCCCGCGGGCUCCGCUUCUUGAGCCUGUCCGGCUGCUCCGUCCGGGGUCCCCUGGGCCCGAGCCUGUGGGCCCAGAUGACCGCGCAGCUGCAGGAGUUGCAGCUGUGCAGCCGCCACCUGUCUACCGAGGACCGCGACAGACUACGACAGCUGCUGCCGCCAGGCGCAGGCGCGUGCGCACUGGACCGCGCCCACAAGCUCUUCUUCCAGCGCCUCUGAAC